CUAACCGUUGUGUGUACGAGGCGUCCGCUGGGCACAUCAGCUGACGUCAACAACAACAACACCGUCGACCACACCGGCCGCGGCAGUGUUGUGUGAGUCUUGUAGCAGUGUUGUGUGGGGGCAAAAGCCCAGUCGUUCCAGUGCUCCACCACGAACUGUAGUGACGACUACAAAGUGCAUUGAAAGGUACACUCUUGUCCGACUGGUCAGCUACAAAGUGCAGUGAUAAUCACUACUGUCUGUUGAUGAUGAAUACUGACAAGCCAGAAGAGUGUACUGUCUGCUAUGAAAAUUAUGAAGAAGCAACGAGGCGGCCGCGGACGUUACCGUGUGGCCACACAUUCUGCUCGGACUGUAUUGAAAAUGCUAUCGAGAAUGAUCGUCUUCCCUGCCCCAAUUGCCGUGCCCCACAUAGAGCAUUAAGUGCUUUACAGUUUCCUAUCAGCUACUGUGUGGAGGCCUUGAUUAGGAAACUCAAAGAUACCCAGCGUAUGUCGGCAGGAAGCACGUCGACAAAACGCCGUGUAGACUGCUCUAGAAGUACCAGCAAAAAGUUACGAUCCCUUGCGCAGGAGCAGAAAAAGUGUAUGAUGAGCCUGGUCACUGACUGUGAUGAGGUAUUGACGCAGCUGAGUGAGUACCAGGGGCAAUUGAGUGACUGGACAACUCACCAUCACCAGCUUCAUGACAGACUCUGUGAUCUGGUGGAGCAGAACAAGGGAGCCAUCAAGCUGCUGGAGCAGGAGAACACUAGUGUGGUGGAUAUGGUCAAAGAAGGAGUGGAAGGCAAGAGCCAGUUGCAAGUGCUCUUGGGGAACAUGGAUGAAAGUGACACAGGGGAGUCCAUCGCAUCCAUGGAGAGGGCUAAUCAGUGCAAUGUGGAGGUAAUAGAAGAUUGGCUUCAGAAGUGCCAUGAUAAAUUCCCGAAUGUCAAUACUGUCCGCACACUAGUGAAGGUACAAGAGUCCAUUAGGGAGGCCCCGAUUGUGACAAAGGCAGGUGCCUCGGCCACUACGAUCCCAGUGGGAGGAGACCCGGCCUCCACCAUCAUGGAAAGAGUUCGGAAUAUUUCUAAAGGAAUCUUCUUGGUAACUGUUGAGCACCUGCGGAGGAUGAGUGAUCCCGUCAAGACAUUGGUGGAGACUGGCCAGGUGUUUGCUGUCCAAUCACACCAGGAUGAACUGAGUUCUUCCAGAAUAAGUUCACAGGAUGGACAGCUGUACCUGCACACACUGCUGUGCCAGCCCCCACCUGCCCUCGCCUGCACCCUCCAGUACAAGGAUGUUGUGGGUAUGUUGGACUCCUCCUCAACCCUUGCUUUCCUCGACCUGGAGUGGCCCGGAUCAACACGAAGGAGGGUCCACAUCCGGCUCAACUGCAACACUGGAUUGGCCAAACAGUUUGUGUUGUUGUGCACAGGUCAGCGAGGCAGCACAUAUGCCAAUACGAUACUCACAGAGGUAUUGGACAAGGGUAAUUCAGGGGAACGAGUGGAAGGAGGCGACUACGAGUGCAACGACGGCGAGGGCGGAGCCCCGCUGCUGUCUGACCUGCAGGGAGAGUACUGGGAGUCAGGCAGUGCGGGGACAGUAUGGUCACCAUGGUUGUUGGGUAGUCCCCAGAGUGCCCAGUUCUGUAUCAGCACCAGGGAUCGUACGGGGGGCCUGCAGUGGCCGCAGGUCUUUGGUGAGGUGGUGAGUGGCCUGGAUGUGAUGCGGGCAGCAGCUAACCAAACAGACAUCAGGCAGGUGACUGUAGUAGACUGUGGAGUGGUUUUGCCACUCUAA